GGGUAUAACGGGCUGCCUGUAAUCACCGGAGACGAGCUAACGCCUGCUUGACUAGGCGCUAGUCGUUAGCUCAGUCCAACCCCUUUUUCCAUUGGCCCGUAAAAUCCAUUGGCGUCAACCCAAUUGGUACCAAUUAAAAGUAUAGAGAGAUGGACGACGAGCUGGAGAACUUCAUCAGGGAGCGCAAGGCGAGAAUGGCCGAGGAUAAAGCCAGUUUGGAAUACAACCCUCCGUACAUGGAAAUAAAGGCAAAACCUCACAGGACCUACGAGUCCACUGCUAAGGAGAACAUCCCCCCCAGGUGUAUAGUGCAGGAGAAAGAGGACAGCUGCACCGUGGGUCUGCCCCUCGGCAUCGAGUACGAGCGUAAGAAACAGAGGCUGCAGCAUGAGCUCCGCAUGGACUACCGGCGCUACAUGGCUCAGAAAAAGCACUUUGACCAUGCAGAGCCUGGACCACUAAUUCGCCUCAAUAACAGGAGAUCCAUCAAGCAACACCUGCUUGAAAGCCAGGCAGCUGUUCUUCCCAAACAGCGGCCGCCCUCCCGGAGGGACGCAGCCACUCUCACAGAGGACGGCAGGGGGUCGCACAGGGCUUUGCGCCUCGCGGAGGUCGCGACCCUCCGCCAUGAGGCGGACGAGGAGCAGUCGGCGGUACUCCCCCGGCACUGUGACAGGCUGGGGAAGCCUUUGGACCGGGACUCCGAGGAGGAGGAGGAGGAAUGCUUCAAGGAGCUGGAACUGGUGCAAGGACGAAGGCGCCUGCAUAUCGGGGUCGAGGCCAGUUAUGAGAAAAGACGAGACUACAAGACUGAUGGAAGGGAGAAGAGGGAGAAUCUAGGAGGCAGGGGCUCGAGAGCACUGACCAGCAAUGAGGAUGUGGAGUUUGCCACUGGCCUUAAAAUAGGGGCAGCCGAUACAGAGGAUGCCUUGCAGAGGAGGAAGGAGCGCUACAGACAGGAGCUGCAGGAGCAGAUAGCAGAACAGCAAAGGAACAAGAGGAGGGAAAAAGAUUUGGAGCUGAAAUUCGCUACAAGGGGGGCCAAUGAUGCUGAGAAACCGUUUUGUCUUAAUUCCAUGAAUCAGCCAGACCGAAUCAGACCGUUUGGACUGUGCAGAAGAGGAGCUCAUCAGGUGUUGGAGCCGUCAGCAACAGGAGACAGUGAGACCUCAUCCAGAGGCUUCCCAAACAACGUGAAGAUGGGUGUCCGAGAGAGAGAGACUCCUCUUCCUCCUCCCGAGCAGCCCCACGUUGCCUUCCAGUCCCCGCUGCUGGACUACAGCUCCGCCCUGGGCAUUGGGGGAGGAGGCCUGUCGCCCAACAGCCACCCCGCUGCCCCCUCCUUCCCCAGGGCCACGGACACGCCCAGAAUCCCUGUGUUUCCUCCUCAUCCUCCGUCAGCCCCCAGUGAAGCCUACAGGACCCCGUAUGGAGAGCCCCAUCACUACUAUGGCACCAGAACCCUGCUGGACCCCAACGUGGCCUGCUAUGGUCACUUGUCUGUUCCUCCCAUGUCCUACUGGAGCGUACCAGCAGGGGGAGCUCCGCCCAGCCACUUUGGAAACCACAGCCAGCACAGUGGCUGCAGCUUCCCUGAGCCGCCAAUACAGCCGAGCAGUGAGGCUGCCACUGUGGACCCGCAUGUCGGGGUUUUCCCCUCGGAUGGAUCCAGAUCAUCCCGGGACAGGAUUCUAGGCUACAGGGAGGCUUUGAAGCAACAGAUCCAGCAGCAACAGGAUCGGAGGCGCUUGGAGCGGGAGGAGGAGGAGCGCUACGAGGCCCGGCUGGAGGCCGACAUGAAGAACCACCAGCCGUGGGGUCGAGGGGGAGGAGGAGCCCCCCUCAGAGACAGCACUGGAAACCUGAUUGUUGUCACCUCCUCUUCUUGUGAGCCAGCUGACCUCAACCAGAUGCACAAACUGAAUGAGGAGGCCUACAUCAACCCGGGGCAGAGGAGAGCCACCGCCGCCACCGCCGCCACGGAGCUCCCCGACCCCAACGAGAGGGUCUCCGGUACUGUAGCAGAGUGCAGUAGCCAUGACACUAGUGACAGGCGCUCUGGAUUCACUCAUGUCCAAACCCCGCAGUUCGCCCGAGGCAGUGUGUUCUCCAACCAGCCCACCCAACAACAUCUCCACGAGCAGGACAAGUACAAAGCUUACCUCAAACAGCAGAUUGACGAGAAAAUGCAAAAAAAGGCGGAGGAGAGGGAACAGACGAGACUGGAGGAGGAGAAGGAGGAGAAGAGGCUGGCGGAGCAGAGGGCUCGCAUCCAGAGGGAGUAUGAUGAAGAGCAGGAGAGGAAGAAACGGAAGGAAACGGAGCAAAGGACCAAGAAUUCGGAGCUGAUUCAACUGGCCGAACGGAAGAAGAAGGAAGUGGAGAGGAAGAAAACUGAGGCGGAGGAGAAGGAGAGGACGGCACUGAGGAGGCAGUAUGAGAGGGAGAGGCAGGCUCGGGUGGAGGAGGUGAGCAGGGAGCCCUCGCCUCCGAUCCCCGCCCUGCAGAAGAGACAUGGGGGGCUGCACCAGUACACCCCCAGACCCCCGACUGUCGACAGCCAGCAUUCAACUGCCCCCCUGUCUGAGCGCUCUUCGUCUGGUCUCCAGUCCCCUCCCGUCCCGGCUCGCAGGAACGAGCUCCGAGCUGCAGGUGACCAGCGCGACGUGUUCAGCGAGCUGUCGGCGCUGCGUCGGCACCUUCGCAGCGAAGAGAAGCGUCUGGAGGGUCGUCUGCGGCAGGUCGACUGGGAGGAGUUAGCCUCUCCUUUGAGUGACAGACAUCAGGAGCGUCACCAGGUGGACGUGUUCGACAUGGCCAGGCUGCGGCUCCAGGCUCCGGUCCGACGGCCGAACUCCAGAAACACGGCGCCCAGGAACCUGCUGCGGACACACGACGAAGUGGGUGUGACCGGCAGCAGGAGGCGGGACUACAGGGACCAGCAGUUCAGCAGCCGCGGGUCUACAGUCCAGGACGAUUAUUUGGACCUGUCCCCGCCCCGGCAAACGGAUUAUCUGACGAGUGUGAUGGGGAGGUCUGAUAGAGGUUCUCUGCUGGAGUCAGAGAGCGCUUUCAUUGACCCUCUAGGCGAGGCCUUUCCGGUGAGGCGCACCCCAGAGCUGGAAGACGCCCCCGUGCUGUCGGCCAGGGAGAGGAGGAGGCUGUCCAAACGGCCACAGCACCCUCAGGGCCGAGACGCUUCCAGCUGGCCCUUUGGCCAACAGGACGACUACGCCGCCCUCGCUGUGGACGGACAGGAAGUGGCGCCCGGUGGCGAGAGGGGGAGCCGGGACAGGUCAGGGCGUCUGAUGUCCCUCAGUCGCCAUAGCAACGGAUCAGUGGCGCUGUCCUCCGAAGGCUCCUCCCCGCCCCGCUUCUCCCUGCACGGUCUCAGCAAUCGAGGCUCCGUGGAAACGCUCUCCACGGAUCCCUGGAUGACGGACACGCUGACACGUUUGGACCACCGGCCGUCGAGGAGGGAGCGGCUGACAACGUAGCCCCCCCAGCCCCCCCUCGAGAUGAGGAGGUGCUCUGUUCUCUGUUGAAAAGACAUCACGACUGGUUUUAACUCAUGACGCACAUCAAUAUGAAAAGUCAUACUUUUUGUUAAAUCGUUGUUUACCACAGAGAUAAUUCUCAAUAUCUGAGUGAGAACUUGUAUUCUAUUUUAUUAACUAAAUUAUAUCUGAAAUAAAUUAUAUUUUAAAUUA